AUGGCACCGAAAACCAGCGGAAAGGCCGCCAAGAAGUCCGGCAAGGCCCAGAAGAACAUCGCCAAGGGAGACAAGAAGAAGAGGAAGGUCCGCAGGAAGGAAUCCUAUGCUAUCUACAUCUUCAAAGUGUUGAAGCAAGUCCACCCUGAUACCGGAAUCUCGUCCAAGGCCAUGAGCAUCAUGAACAGCUUCGUCAACGAUAUCUUCGAACGUAUCGCUGCUGAAUCCUCUCGGCUGGCUCACUACAACAAGCGCUCGACCAUCACAUCCCGCGAAAUCCAGACUGCCGUCCGUCUGCUGCUUCCGGGAGAGUUGGCCAAGCACGCCGUCUCUGAAGGAACCAAGGCUGUCACCAAGUACACCAGCUCCAAGUAAAUUGGCAAAAGCGUUUUCAACCGGCCCUUUUGAGGGCCACUACAUAGUUUGUCAAGAGUUAUGUUUUUUUUUUGUUCUUUUGCUUAGACUUAUCAGUCUUACAUCCAUUAUUUUGAAAAUAAUCGAGAAAAGUUUUUAGAAGUGAUAUUGACAUGAGUAUUUCGAGUAUACUGACAAAAAAUUUUCAGUAAAUUGGAAAGUUUUUAAUAUAAAAAAACUUCAAAAGAUCCUCUUACAAACGAUUAAUCUUAAUCAUUCUUAACAACUGCCAUAGAUAAAAUACAUAAGUACUGAAUAAGACAGUCAUCGUUCUGAAGAUUUGCAAGAUCGACUCCGAAACCGGUACGAAAAAAAGUAAUUUUAAAUAUUUCUUCCGAUAAUAAACGUCUGGUGCAGAGUUAUUUAUUUGCUUUUACUUUGGUGCCAAUUUUUGACAAUAAUUGCAAAUUUCAUUCAAAUCAAUACACGCAAUCACAUAUAAUGUUGGAAAUUUGAUGUUUUAAUUAUAAGCUUCGUUUACAGUCAUUUUAAAACUAAGAUGAUGUGAUAAAAAAAAAGAAAAAAUAAAUAUUAGAAUGAUUUUUUUAAAAGCGUUUAUGGUAGAAGAAACGUAAGGCAAAUUGAAGAAAGAGCAAAAUUAUAGCAAAGCGAUAUCUUAGAGCCAAAACAGCUACUCAUGACGAUAGUUUGUCAUUUUGUAUGGAAGUCACAUGACUGGUGCAACAAUUCGACCUUAUCAAGCUUUGAACAGGGACGCCGUAUGAAUCGCCAUUUUGCUUUUCAAAUACCGACGCUUUGAAUCGCAACAGUGCUCAACGGUUUGUUGGCUUGCAUUCAAUUAACUGUUAAAAUGCAGCGUCAAAACUUCUACUGUGGAAUUUGAACACUGAUACACAGCUUUUGUUUUUAUCUAUUAAAAUAGUUCAAGAUAUAAUUUUACUUAAAAAUAAUUCCUUGAAUCUUGUAUCCGCAAUGAAGUCAUUGAAAAUAGUCGAAACAAACGUAUCGUAACAGUUUGAAAUGCCCUUGUCGUCAAUCGAGCUAUUUGUAACA